AUGUCACUCAUGAAGCCCUGUUUAAUGACCAUUGCCAUCCUUCUGAACCUGGUUCUAAAGACUCCAGGUGGCCUGUUCAGAUCCCACAAUGGCAAGAGCCAAGAGCCUUGGAAUCCAUGUGAGCUUUACCAAGGCAAGUGCAGAAACACCUGCAGAAAAUAUGAAAUUCAAUACUUAACCUGCACAAAUGAUCAAAAGUGCUGCCUGAAACUCCCUGUGAAUCCAAACAGUUUUAACAACAUGAAGGAGGAUUAUGACUCCAACUCCAACUUGUCAGUUACCAACACUUCAAGCUAA